UUAUGGAUUUAUCACAGUUAUUUUUUAGCAGUCUGCCUUACUAAGUACUAAAUUCUGAUGUUACUUGCAGACGUACACAGUGAAUAAUAUUAUCUACCUAUAUAUAUAUAUAUAAGAAUCUAACUUGAUUUUGGAGACGAAGGAAAACGAAGAAAAAGUAUAACUGCUCUGUGACAGGUACGAAGAAUUUCUCGAUCACAGAGGAAAGAGGAACGACAAUGUGGAGAAGAAAUAAAUUGUAUACUAAAGGGAUCAAAAUGUCGGCCGUGGUCGUCGUCGGACUGCUGGCGCUUUUGUUGGCUACUCAAUCGUCCAACUGUCAAGUCCACCAAUUUCCCGAGGCGACGGAGUGUCAAGUCGACCAAAUGCCCGCAGUGAUGAACAUGGACGAUAAAAUCGACCGAAUUCCCGAAGUUGCGAUUGCGAAUGGUCUGCCGGGACCGUGGAUAUCUGAGCUGUUUCACCGGGCGCUCUCCAAUUUCACAAUUCGGCACGUCGGCAGCGCUGCUUGUCGGACCCAAUCCGACAUGUACGACAGAAAUUUGCGGAACCACACCAGUUGGGCGGUCAAAAUGGCCGAGUCCUGGAAUCGAUAUCCGACAGGCAUACUAGCGGGCAACCAAUAUCACUUGGGAAUUUACGACGAAUGCGUGGACGUGCGUUAUCCUGUGAUGGGACAGUAUUGCUUGUCCGAAAUAAAUCUAAGCUCAUCGAUGGGCAGAGUUUACAGUUUCAACAGAACUGACAAUCUAGACGAUUUUGGGAAUAAUAAUGCCUGGAAAACAAUACUCGGAUGGGGCGAUUAUCCGGACAAAGUGAAACGAAACAAAUUGAAUUUAGGAAUAUGCAUUCCGGAUUCAUGUUCAGCGUUAGACCUGCAAACUUCAUUGCAAAACGAACUGGACAAAGUGUUCACGCCAGAAGAGAUCGAGGCAGUUGUCAAAGUGGAUCCGAUAAUGUGCACGGUCAAAGGAGACAUGUAUCCUUACAACACAUCGUACUACGUGACCAGGAUGUUUUUUUUAAUGCUUGUUUUGAUUUGUUGCGGCACAACGUUGUAUCAUUACACAAGAAUAUCAUACGAUAAAAAUAAAAAAAAAACAAUCAGUGAAGGUUUUGGUUCAUUUUGCGAUACUUUUUCAUUUAUUGAUUCAAGUAAAACCUUGUUAAAAUUCGAUAAAGACAGCGAUCUGAAUGCACUCUAUGGAUUUAAAGUGCUAAUGAUGAUGGCCAUUAUCAUGGGUCACAGAUUAUUUUGUAUACUUGGAAACCCCAUGAGUAACCCUAAACGCUUAGAAAGUGUUUAUCUCAAUGGACCCGAUCUUCUAUUGACUGCUUCGAACAUAAUCGAUCCAUUUUUUUUCAUAAGUGGUUUUCUCAUGUAUCUGAACAUCUCUCGAUCAUCUAUAAAAGCUGAAGCCGAAUUAAAAAAAAUCACAUCGCCAAUUAUCCAUCGAGUUUUCAGAAUGUUACCGGCGUAUUGCGCAAUGAUGGCUAUCACAGCACACAUCAUACCUCAUCAUGGCGACGGACCACUGUGGUCAAAGAUAAUGUGGGGAGAAUCCGAAAUUUGCAAAAAUUAUUGGUGGACCAAUUUAUUGUUCAUAACCAAUUUUCUCGACAGCAAAUACGGAUGCCUCGUAAUUAACUACUACGUAUCGUGUGACGUUCAGUUUUUCGUAGUUGGAGUGAUAAUUGUUUACGCUUACAUGAAAAAUGCCAAAUUUGGAAUCGGUUUAAUCGCUACAGUACUGGUUUUGUCAGUAUCCGUUCCGUUUCUAGUCACGUUUAUGACGAAAAGAAGCGGAAUAUAUCUAAUGUAUAUUGAAUAUUUAGAAAGCUUGAAAUUUUACAUAUCGGUAAAUGAGUCGUACAGAUUAAGUUACAUGCGAGCCACACCUUUCUUUGCUGGUUUAGCCACGAGCUUUAUCGUGGAAAAGUUGAAGGAAAAUAAAGUGACAUUUUCCUAUAUUACUGUUUUCGGUGGAACAUUCGUUGUUUCUGCGGUUUGUCUUUGUGCUCAGCUUUACGGUGUCAAAUUGUCCCCUCAACAUACACCUUAUUAUCCGUUGGAACAUGCUUUGUUCUCAGUCGUCAAACAUUGUACGUGGUCGGUAUGGGGCAUGUGGUGUUGCAUUUGCUUGUUCACGACUGGAUAUGGCCCCUUUACAUACGCAAUUAACAACAGACUUGUUGUGGUCUUGGGAAGACUCUCGUACUCAGUUUUUUUGGUCAACAUCACUGUCAUAUUGAUGUCUGUUGGUACAAUAAGAUCACCGAUUUACUUUUCAGUCAGUUACUUGAUGGAUACUUGGAUAUUCGAUGUAUUUAAGAGUUAUGUGAUAGCUUUAGCAUUAUAUUUGGUAGUUGAAGCGCCGUCCAAUAAAAUUAUUAAAAGAUGGAUUGGACAAGGGUAAAGAAGAAAAAUUACUUAAAUUCAAUAGCUUAUUAGUGAUUACUGAGUCAUCGAUAAAAAUAGAUUCGAUUAGUUUAUGGCAACUGCAGGUAAAGUGCAUUUGUUCCAGUUUCCAUAAAAGUAAAAUAACUUUUAUUUCCAUGACCUAAAAUUAACUACAAUAUUUUUUUAUUUUUUUAAUUCCCUGGGCAUUGGUGCAACUAGGGAUAUGCUUAGUGGACUUGUACACCCCUAAGUUUAAAAUAUGCACCCCCAAAAAAUAAAAGACUUUCCAUUAUAUUUAUUAUUUUGAUUGUUUUGAAGUAAAAAUUGUCAA